UCUUCCUACAGACAAAUGGAGGGGAAAAAUCUGACCAGCAUCUCAGAAUUUUUCCUCCUGGGGUUCUCUGAGCAGCUGGAGGAGCAGAAGGCCCUCUUUGGGUCCUUCCUGUUCAUGUACUUGGUCACGGUGGCCGGCAACCUCCUCAUCAUUCUAGUCAUCAUUACUGACACUCAACUCCAUACCCCCAUGUACUUCUUUCUAGCCAACCUCUCCCUUGCAGAUGCCUGCUUUGUGUCCACCACAGUCCCUAAGAUGCUGGCAAACAUACGGAUCCAGAGUCAGGCCAUCUCCUACUCAGGGUGUCUACUACAGUUGUAUUUUUUCAUGUUGUUUGUGAUGCUGGAGGCAUUCCUCUUGGCGGUCAUGGCCUAUGACCGCUACGUGGCCAUAUGCCACCCACUUCAUUACAUUCUGAUCAUGAGCCCUGGGCUCUGUGUCUUCCUCGUGUCUGCAUCCUGGAUCAUGAAUGCCCUCCACUCCCUUCUACACACACUUCUGAUGAACAGCCUGUCCUUCUGCACAAACCGUGAGAUCCCACACUUCUUCUGUGACAUCAAUCCCCUCCUGAGUCUUUCCUGCACAGAUCCCUUCACCAAUGAGCUGGUGAUCUUCAUCACUGGGGGUGUCGCAGGACUGGUAUGUGUGCUUUGCCUGAUUAUCUCUUACAUGAACGUUUUCUCGACCAUCCUGAAGAUCCCAUCAGCUCAGGGGAAGCUCGCCUUUUCCACCUGCAGCUCUCAUCUCUCCGUGGUCUCUCUCUUCUUUGGGACUUCUUUUUGUGUUUAUGUCAGUCCUCCCUCAACCCUCUCGGCCCAGAAGGACACAGUUGCAUCAGUGAUGUACACAGUGGUAACUCCAACAUUGAAUCCCUUUAUCUAUAGUUUGAGGAACCAAGAAAUAAAGUCUUCCCUGAGAAAGUUAAUCUGGGUUCGGAAAAUUCAUUCCCCUUAG